AUGCAGGACGACCCCGCGGCUCCCGAGGAGCCCCACUACUGCAGCGACGGCCUCCCCUGGGAGGAGUGCCGGAGGUACCUGCACAGCGAGCGGCGUGCCCUGGCCCGCUUCCUGGCGCAGCUGGAGCGGGAGCGCCCGCCCCCCCCUGGCUCUGCCGCCAUGCAGGGGCGCGGCAUCGUGAUGAGUGGCGGACCAGGGCACGUCCUCAUGGCCCUCGCGAACCUCGAGGUGCUCCGGCGCGUCCACAACUCUUCGCUGCCAGUGGAGUUCUGGCACGCCUUCGAGCUGGCGGAACCGCACUGCGAGGCGCUGGCUUUGCUCGGGGCCUCCUGCCGCGAGCUGCAGGUGCCAGGCGUGUAUCCGGAGUGGCAGACGACCACGCCUGCCAUCCUGUCGUCUAGCUUCCGGGAGGUCCUCUGCGCGACCGAGCCCUACGCCUCGCGCAGCACUCAGACGUGGAGCCACCACAGCGUUUUAGGGUCGGUGCUCGCGUCCGUGUGCUCGUUCUUGCUGUCGCCCUCGUUCUCGUGCCUGCCCUGCGGCUGCGAGGACGCCGCCCGCACCGCCUCGGAGACGCUGCUCGCAGUCUGGUCGCUGCUCGUGUCCUUGUGCUUGCCCUCGACUCUGCCCGUGUGGCUGUGGUGCUUGCCCUUGCCUUUGCCAGACUUUGGAUUGGCAAUCGGCUGGUGCUCGUGGGACCUUGGUCUCCACAGUGAACGGCUCUUCGAGACCGAGCGCUACCGCAGCACAGGGGCGCUGUUCUGGCCCGACCUGUGGGGCAUGGGCUGCAAGAACAAAUGGGGCGCGACAGCGUGGCCCGAGCACGUGAACUGGCACCUCCUCGACCUUCGGCACAACUCCUCAGACAUCCACUGCACUGCAGAGCACGAGGCGGGGCACCUGCUGGUAGACAGGGCGCGCCACUGGAAGCCACUCUGCUUGGCCCACUACCUGGCGACGCGGGACUUCUUUGCCCGCGUGAUGCACGGCUACAAGGACGUGUUCCGCUUUGCGUGGCUGAAGCUGGGGGCCUCCGGCUGGCUGAGCCCGGCGCGGCCCGGGCUGGUGGGCGGGGUGCUGGUGGACGGACGGUUCCUGGGCCCGCACCUGGUGCACUUCUGGCCCCCCGGCGACGUGCAGCUCGGCGUCGCUGAACUUGGCGGCAGGCCCGAGCCUCUCUACGUCCACCAGAAGAAGAAGCCAGGGCGCCUCUGGCACGAGCUCGCCUCCUUCACCGCGCCCCUCGGCGAGUGCCCUCCCCUCUACUCGGUGGGCCCCUUCCGCGCGGAGCACGGCCACUCCGAGCUGUGGCUGCUCUCGGAGAGGUACCCAGCGCUCCUCGGCAGGCUGCGGGCCGUCGAGGACGCCUGGGAGAAGGGCUGGAGCGAUGCGCGGCGCCGCCUCCUGGCGGACCCGCGCACGCCGCUGGAGCAGACGGGGCUCGCUGCGGGCGGGCCCGCCUCGGACCCGAGGUUCACGCAGUUCCUGCAGACGCUGAAGGCGUGCCCCUGCGACUACGGCAACAACCUGUGGUUCGGGCUCAUCUCCGCGAUGUGCGGCGCCCAGGGCCUCGGCCCCGCGGUGUCGGCGGCGUGCCCGAGGGUGCUGGCGGCCCCCCUCGACGCCUCCGCCUGCCCCGUGGGCUUCCUGGCCCUGGCGCUCUGGUGCUCGCAGGACAUGCUCCGCAGGGGCGAGGCACGGAGCGCGGCCGCGGCGGCGGCGGUGGUGGCCGAGCUGCUGCCCGGCGUCGCCGAGUGCCUGGGCCACUCCUUCUGGCCCCUGGAGCUGCAGGAUCUCCGGGACUUCGUGGGCGCCCUGCCCGGGCCCGGGAGCUCGGGCGCGGAGGGCCCGCGCGGCGGCGCGCCGCCGCCGCCGGCGGGCCCAGCGCCGCUGUGGGCCGGGAGCUUCCGGCUGCCGGCGCGGAGGCUCGCCCGCUUCCCGAGAUACCACAGGCGGUGCCUCCCCUUGCCGGACCCGGCGUGCUGGGCCCUGUCCGGCGUGCAGGGCGACCGGUGGAGCGAACAGCCCCAGCUGUCCUGCCUCUAUUGCUGCGACCCGAACUUUGCGGACAGGGCCUGGCGCGCGCUGUGCUUUGACAGCGCCUUCACAGAGGACAGGUGCUGCCGCGUGUCGGAGGCAGUGGGGGAGCGAGCGCCAGUGGCAGGCGCGCUGAUCAAAUCAGCGAUGCGGCUCGUGAGGUUCCUGAUGAAGCUCAGCAACGAGAGCGUGGUGGUCGAGCUCAAGAACAGCACCAUCGUGCAGGGGACCGUGACUGGAGUCGACAUGUCGAUGAAUACCCACAUGAAGAACAUCAAGUUCACCGUGAAGGGCAAGCCGCCUGUCUCCAUGGACCACCUGACAAUCCGAGGCAACAACAUUAGGUAUGUCAUCCUGCCGGACAGCAUCCCGCUGGACACCCUGCUGGUAGACGACUCGAAGAGGCUGCCGAAGGCCGGCAAGGAGCUGCCUCUCCGAGCGCCCCUUGCCGGCGCCCGCCUGGCCGCGUGCUGCGUGUCGCCCACGCUGGCACGCCCGAGCGCAGGGGCCCGUGGAGGCGGGCUCCCAGCGCCCCUGCGGGUGUGGGCGGGGCGGGCGCCCAGCGCCUUCGCGAAGGCGCUGGGCCUCCCGGUGCGCAUCCACCGGCCGCUGCGGGCCCAGAGGCUCCAGCGGGAGGCGGCGGCGAGGCAGCCGGGCGAGCUCCCGAAGCCGCAGCCUGCGACCCUGCUCCGCCUGCAGGCCGCCGCGCAGUGGGCCGGCGAGGCCCUGGGCCCCAGGCAGCUCCACGAGCUGCGGCAGCCGGGCGUGCGCGACGUGCUGGUGGCCGUGGCCACGCUCCUGGGCGGCGUCAGGGCGGUGCUCGCGCAGCCGCUGGACACCCUGCCGGGGCGCCUGUGGGGCUUCCGGCCCGAGGCGGUGACGCCCGAGCAGUUCGAGCGGCUGUGCGGCCUGCUCCGCAGGCCCGCCCUGCAGGAGGGCGCGCACCCGCCCUGCCCGAGGACCGGCAGGGUGCGGGGCGCGGCGCCCCUGGCGGAGUGGUGCUGGGCUGCCGCAGAGCACCUGCGGCGCGAGCACUUCCCCGAGCCCGAGCCCGAGGGGGGCCGUACCUCCCCAGCGCUCGAGUCCGUGUGCUCGCCGCGGAGCACCGUGCUGGUUCGCCCUCGCCCUGCGCAGCUGCAGCUGCUCUCGAUGGAUGGCAGGCCCGUGUCCGCCAGGUCGGUCGUGGGCCGUGGCCGCCUGACGAUACAGACCGGCCCGGAGGUCAGCGAGCGGCGGAGCUCGGGGGCCGAGCCCCGGGGGCCGAGCCCCGCCUACACCGACAGGCUCGACUCGGAUCUGGAAAUGUAUGUGCCGAUCUCGUUAAAGGGCUCCGGCAAGAUCAGGCCUUCACCGCUGGCGUCGGACCUCCCUGCUGGGACGCGGGACCUCAAAGGUGUCAGCUUGGAGGGGGCAGAGAUGGAGGACGCGGACCUCGGAAUGAUGAAGCUCGACGGGGCCCGCGCGUGCAAUGCCAAAUUGGACAGGGCCAAGAUGCGAGGCGUCGUCGUUGUGACUGGCGCGGACUUCGAGGGAGCGUCCAUGAAGGACACGCAGCUGCGGCAUUCAGAUUUCAGGGGCUGCAACUUCAAGGGCACCGCGAUGAGCAACGCGGAUCUCUCAGAGGCAAAGGCCACGGGUGGCUCCUUUGAGAGUGCAGUGAUGGACGGUGCGAGCCUGGUGAACGGAGAGUUCACUGGCGUUAGCUUUCGCGGUGCUUUCCUGCUGAAUGCUGCGCUCUUCGCGGCCAAGUUCACCGACUGCGACUUCCGGGACGCGGAUCUACGCAGCGCCCGUUGCGAGGGGGCCAGGUUCAGCAACUGCACCUUCCCCUCGGCCGUCCUGGACGGUGCCUCGCUUCUGAAGGUGGUAUUUACAGCUUGCGAGAUGGUCCGCUGCUCGCUGCAGAACGUGAAUCUGAAUGCCUCAACCAUCGAUGACACGGACCUGACUGGGUGCAGGCUCAAUUCCGCGACGCUGAAGGCUGCCCAGCUGAACAGGGUGAACCUGAAGGAGGCCUCGAUGGUCAAGGUGACGGCCCUGGAGGCGGUCGUCCGCUGCUCCAGCCUGGAUCGCGCCGACCUCAGGAGUGUGGACCUUACUGGCAGUCACCUGCGUGAGUGCACGCUGGAUGGUGCUAACCUGACCUCCGCGGUGCUCGUGAAGCCGCUCAAGUGGCAGAGCAACACGAUGGUCAGGGUGCAGAUGCAGGGGGCGAACGCCGAGGGCGCGCAGCUGUACAAGUGCGACUUCAGUGGCGCUAACCUUACUGAGGCAAAGCUGAGUGGUGCACGCCUGGUGGACUCGAAGCUGGAAAAGGCAGACCUGGGGCUAGCGACAGCUAUUCGUACCGACUUCUCGGGGUGCAAGUGCGCCGAGGCAAAGAUGGAAGGGAUCAGUGCAGAGGGUGCAGACUGGGUGGACGCCGAUCUCAGCAGCAUCAACGGUACGGCAGGCAUUUUCAGCGACGGGAAUUUCUUGAACGCCAAGCUGUUGAACGCUCAACUUGGUGGCGCGAAGAUGCGCGUGGCGAACUUUAACAACGCCGACCUGACGGGUGUGAUGGCCGAGAACGCCGACCUGACCGAAUGCGGCAUGCGGAAAGCACGAAUAACACGCAUCUCGCUCAAGGGUGCGCUGCUGGAUAAGGCGAACCUCCGCGGGGCCCACGGACAGGACGCCUGCCUGUCAGGUGUGCGCAUCGCAGGCGCCGACCUGGGGGACGUGGACCUCCCCGGGCUCGACCUGCGGGACGCGAAGGCGCCGCAGAUGAUGGCGCUGGGUGCGCAGCUGAGGGGCGCAGACCUCCGCGGCAGCCUGCUGCUGGACCUCAGCGCCGGCCACGCCAGCCUCGAGGGUGCGGAGCUCUCCGGCACGGUCCUCAAGGACGCCCGCCUGGGAGAUGUGGACUUCACCAGGGCCGUGCUGAAGGGAGCGGUGCUGAUGGGCGCCGUGCUUGUCGGGGCGAAGCUGAGUCGGGCCAACUUCACGGAAGCGAGCCUGCAGAACGCGGACCUCACGAAGGCGUCUGGCACCGACGUCGUCUUUGCCCGCGCGCACCUGCAAGACGCCAAGAUGCAUGCGGUCCGUCUCCCCGGCGCGGACUUCGUUGGGGCAACCCUGCAGAACACCAUGCUGCACAGGGCCCACCUGGACAACGCCACCUUCGAGAGAGCGAAGCUCUUCCAGGCCGAGCUUGACCAUGCGAAGGGCCUGUCGGUCCGCUUCUUGGAGGCCAGCCUCUGGCGUGCGUCGCUCAAGAAGGCAGACUUCAAGGAGGCGGAUCUCAGGAAGGCCGACCUCACGCAGGCGGAGGCCUCCCAUGCCAUCUUCGACCGCGCCCUCGCCGUGAGCUCGUGCCUUUCGGGGGCCGACCUUACCGGUUGCUCGAUGAGAGCGUGUGAUCUUUCGGACGCGGUCUUAGCAAAGGCCCACCUCAAGGAUGCGGACCUCACGGAGGUGCUGCUGAACGGGGCGGACCUCUCGGGCGCGGUGCUGGCCAACUGCAAGAUGGCCAGGGCCGACGUUCGCCGCUGCAGGGUGGACCUGGCCGAGCUCAGGAAGGCGUGCGAGAACCUCAAGGAUGCCCUGAUGGACGGGGAGACGCCCCUGAUGUGAGCUGGCCCGCGCUGUGCGUAAGUCGGGCAUGUCCCUCUACAGGAGGAACGCUAGUGUUUGUUUUUCGUCCAGAACCCGCCUGUAGCAGGACAUGCCCGACCGAACGCUGUGCGUGCGACCUGUGG